AUGAGCCACAAUUUGGACGCGGCGCGGAGCUUCCUGGAGCAGCUGGAGGAACAGAGCGGCCUGAAGGGGGAGGUUCUGGCGGUGGAGUUCAGUGACAUCCUAGUCCGCUCAGCUGCCUGGAAGGCUGAUGGGGUGCGCUCCACCGAGGUUGGCAGUCGGCCAGAGAAUAUACAGAAGAACCGCUACAAAGAUGUGGUGCCAUAUGAUCAGACGCGCGUGAUCCUCUCCCUGCUCCAGGAGGAAGGGCACGGCGACUACAUCAAUGGCAAUUUCAUCCAGGGCGCAGAUGGAAACCUGUCCUACAUCGCCACGCAAGGACCCCUGCCUCACACUCUGCUAGACUUCUGGCGCCUGGUCUGGGAGUUUGAGAUCAAGGUGAUCCUGAUGGCAUGUCGAGAGACAGAGAAUGGGCGGAAAAAGUGUGAGCGUUACUGGGCCCAGGAGCACAAGCCAUUGCAGAUUGGGUUUUUCUGUAUCACCCUGACAAAGGAGACACAGUUGAAAGCAGAUAUCAUUCUUAGGACCCUUCAAGUCACAUUCCAGAAGGAAUCCCGUUCUGUACACCAGCUGCAAUAUAUGUCCUGGCCAGACCGUGGGGUCCCCAGCAAUCCUGACCACAUACUUAUCAUGGUGGAGGAAGCCCGUCGCCUCCAAGGAUGUGGUCCGGGGCCUCUCUGUGUCCACUGCAGUGCUGGCUGCGGGCGGACAGGAGUCUUGUGCAUUGUUGAUUACGUCAGACAGUUGCUCCUGACCCAGAUGAUUCCACCUAACUUCAGCCUCUUCAACCUGGUCCUCGAGAUAAGGAAGCAGCGACCAGCAGCCGUCCAGACAGAGGAGCAGUACAGGUUCCUGCACCACACAGUGGCUCAGAUGUUCUACUCAGCACUCCAGACCACCAGCCCCCACUACCAGAACCUCAAGGAGAAUUGUGCCCCACUCUAUGAUGAUGCCCUCUCCCUCCGGACUUCUCCAGCCCUUCUUGCCUUACCCCGCCCACCAAGUGGAGUGCUCAGGAGCAUCUCGGUGCCCGGGGCCCCUACUGUCCCCAUGGCCGACACCUAUGCUGUAGUGCACAAGCGCCGGGCCCCCGCGGGCGCCGGGCCAGUGGCGCAAAAACACAGCACCGAGGAGAAGCCACUCUACAGCCAGGUGAAGUCACGCACCCAGCGUCCCGGGGCACAGACAGAGGACAUGCGGGCUUCGCUGCCUGGCCGCGUUCCUGCUAAUCAAAGCCCUGCUGGGCCUGAUGCCUAUGAGGACGUGACAGAGGGAGCUCAGACUGGUGGGCUAGGCUUCAAUCUGCGCAUUGGAAGRCCAAAAGGACCCCGAGACCCCCCUGCUGAGUGGACCCGGGUGUGAGCUCUGCAUCCAUACCAACCUGUUUCUACAUGUGUGCUUGAACUGCUGCUGGCCACCACUCUGCUGUGGGAUAUGUUGGGGAUGGGAUGCUGGGUCUGGAUCCAAAUWAAAAUGUAUUGGGGUAGGAAUAUGAGGGUUUUGCUCCAGUGAUCAGCAGUCAAGACUUGAGGCUGGGUGACAGAGGUAGGAAUUAAUGCCUAGUGAGGCUGCCCUGAGAAGACCCUAAAAAGAACACUGGGAAUGGGCACCACCACCACCCAUUUCCCCCAGUUAUGAAGCCGAGAAUGGACAGAUGGACUGCCAGAGACUUCCCCUCUCACUGCAUAAUAGGUGGCCCAUCCUCAGUAUCUGAGCCUUCUUCACUCAAAGAGAUGGAUCCACCUCCAGAAAUGUGAAUGGAUCCCUAGCCAUUCAGACAUGUCCAAGCCAAGCCUAGCCACAGCCAAGAAGACUGACCCCAGACAGACAAGAAGAUCCCCAGACAAAUGGAUCACCAAUCAGACCCCAAAACAGCCAGACCUUCAGUGGGAUAAGUCCACUGAUGGACAAAUGGACCCUACUGAGAGAGACCAACCAACAGCCUGAGAGAUGAGUCUCAAGAGACCACUGAGCAGACAGAGCCCCUAAAAGACAGACCCCUCCACCAGCUAGACAGCCAAUGGUUCCUAGCCUGGUCAGAUACACAGACAUCUCAGCUAGACAGACCCUAACUCAACCCCUAGGUGGACAAACUGACUGACCAACCUCCUAGCUGGACAGAUUUCCAGUCAGAUAAACACCAGCCACACAAACAGAUCCUCGAAUGCACAAAUAUCGCAGUCAGCUUGCCAGACUUGCAGCUCUCCAGACAGAUGGAUCCCCAGCAGGCAGGAGGUCCCCACCAACACAGAACCCCCGUUUCAAUAGACACAUUGAUGUAGCUCCUGCUGGGCAGGCAACUGGGUGGACGUUUGUUAUGUUUGGACAUGAUAUGUUCCUCAAAAGCUCCUGUUAAUGCAGGAAUAUUCAGAGGUAAAUUGAUUAGAUGGUAAGAACUGUGAUCUAAUCAGUCCAUCCUAGAUUGAAUAGACUGACUAGAUUGCAAUUGUAGACAAAUGGGGCUGUGGCUGGAGGAGGUGGGUCAUUGGUGGUGUGCCCUGGAAGGGUUGUUCUGCCAGUGGCCCUGCCUCUCUCUGCUUCUUUCUGCUUCCUGACCCUGCCAUGAGCUGAGUAGCUUUCCCCUGUUGCUCCCUUUCCCCAUGAUGUGUUGCCUCACAUUGGACCCAGAGCAAUGGAGUCUGCCAUCUGUGAACUGAGACAUCUGAAAACAU